CGACGCAAAUCUGGUUCAUCGUUUUGAAAAACAAGCGUUCAGUGACGUUUCUCUUCGAAGCUCUUUUUUUACAUGGCUCCGCGGCGUGAAUUUUCUAUUAUGAUAUGACAAGUGGAAGAUUUAUGUGUGCGAAAGAGACGUCGUUUUAUGGUGAUCUCGGUUGCUCGCUAAUUGUUCCGCACGAAUAAUAAUAGUUUCUACAUCUUCACGUACAGUGCAUCUACGGUGACGAUCGAAUGUCGCGAGUGUUAAUUAUAUAUCUAUUACAUUCUCCGUCCAAUUGUUAAUUGAAUGUCCCAAAUUACGGUUACAUCAAGUGGGAUGGAACGCAGCAUACAUGAAAUGUUAAAGGAUGCGCCUUCCUUGAAUGAGAGCGACAGCGCUGUACAUACUGGGACUCCUCCACCUCAUGUACCAAACAAUUGUAGCAGCGAUGGUCACCCGAGGCCAGCCACUAUAAACUUGAGUUUAGGAAGUCCUACAAAUCAGACUUAUGUCUGUAUUUUUCCAGCGGUUGCAGUUUCCCCUAGUACACCUGUUCAAAAUGGUGAUACGCAAACUAUGCGCACUACCCAAAGCAAAAUUGAGAGUUUAAAGAAUUGGAGUAUCUCCACAUACAAAUGCACCAAACAGUUAAUGUACGAAAGAUUAGGGAAAACGUCCCGUACUGUAGAUUUUGAACUUGAGACGCAGAUUGAAUUGCUCAGAGAUACUCAGAGAAAAUAUUGCAAUGUUCUGCGAUUAUCACGAGCUUUGGCAUCACACUUUCAUCACGUUGUUCAGACGCAACACGCCCUCGGAGAGGCGUUUUCUGAAUUAGCACAAAAAUCGCCUGAACUUCAAGAAGAGUUUCUAUAUAAUUCGGAAACGCAAAGAAAUUUAACAAAAAAUGGCGAAACACUUCUAGGGGCCUUAAAUUUCUUCGUUUCCUCUGUGAAUACCUUGUGUAAUAAAACGAUCGAGGAUACACUGCUUACAGUGAGACAAUACGAAACUGCAAGGAUAGAAUAUGAUGCAUAUAGAACAGAUCUAGAGGCUCUUGUGCAAGCUACAAAAUCAGAUGGUAGUAAUGCAGCAAGAUUAGAAGAAGCACAGGCUAAUUAUGAAGGGCACAAACAGAAUUUCGAAAAAUUACGUUCAGAUGUUUCUAUCAAAUUGAAGUUUUUAGACGAAAACCGGAUUAAAGUGAUGCACAAACAAUUGCUGUUAUUCCAUAAUGCUAUAUCUGCAUACUUUUCGGGGAAUCAAACCGCAUUGGAGGCAACUCUUAAACAAUUCAACAUCAAGGUGAAAUCACCAAAUUCCACCUUACCCUCAUGGUUGGAACAGUAGUUGAAUUAGAAUGAACACCCCUCAUCCUGCCGCGAAGGAUGUGACUGUACAAGUGCGUUCGUCCAUCGAGGUACCCUGUUGCGAAACACAGAAAGUAAAGGUAGAACAGUUAUCAAAAACCACUCGACAAUUCGCUGGUACGUAUUGAAAGCUGCCGUUUAGUCUGAUAAUUUAAAUAAUGUAGAGUGAAAAAAAUUGCGAGAUUUAUGGUGUGUAUAAACAGACUGAAUCCCCAAAAGUUACUGUGUAAUAUUUUGAUCAUUACAUAUUGAUUAUUAUAUACUACAAUAUAUAUAAUACCUUUUUGGCAUACACAUCAUGUAUCAUAAAAGUAAUAAUUCUUUUAAGAAAAUUGCAAAUUGUAGAAGAAUUUCAAAACUUGUCCAACAAUGUCUCGACAAUUAAGUUCUGACGCUUAAACAUUUAAAGAGGCAAUAGAUUUAAUUUUUAUAUUUCUCUUAUAAAGGAAAUGUAAAUUUCCCCUCAAUGUAAAUACGUAACGUGACGUAAUAUGAUAAAUGGAGCCUUCUAUUUUACAGUAUAUUAGUGAUAUUAAUUGCUUGUUUAUAUCAUAUUUUACACACGCAUGUAGUUUAAUAAUAUGUCCACUAUCUUAAAAGACAAAUCUUUAAACUAUACAAAUCAUGUAUUAUUUCAUAAAAGUUUCAGCUUUAAGGCGAUAAUACUGUUGAACUUACACUUAUUUUAUAUGCAUAAUAAUAUAAUUACUUAAAUUAUUAUAAGUUAUUAAUUUGUUGAAGCAAGAAAAUGAUUGGAUGUGAACUGAAAAUUUCAGUAGAAUAUAAGGAGCUUGCAUUAAUUGCAUGAAACAUGUAAUUUUAAUAUCAAAAUACUUUUUGUGGCAUCACAUUUACUAUAUAAUUAUUAUACUUUGGUUAUAUUAUCAAAAACCAGAAGUAUUAUAUCUGUGACUUAUAUAUAUAUAUAAUAAAAUAAAUUACAGAUA